AAUUUAAUUAUGAAGUCAUGAUUUAAAUACACAACAACACAACAGAAUAAUACAUUUAGUAAUUAAACUCUGUAAAAGCCUAUAAUUAUUCCAGUGGCACACUCCAGGCUCCAUAGAUGUGCCCCGAAUGUACCCAGUAAAAUUAUAUUGGGUAUUUGCUUUUGACGCGCAAAUAAACAAAAACAUCCAGCAUUUCUUACAGUUUUGUCACACCUAUUACAACCUAUAAUGAAUGGUGUCUGACAAAAUGCAAUAACAAUGUCAAACCGUUCAUUACUUUGGCAGUGGUUUACAUGAUUUAUGACUGUUUUAGUUUCUCCACGUGCCAUUGGGCGUCAGAGCCACCUUGUCCACGCCCAGGUCACGUGCUGACGAGCGGUGAGCCAAUCACGAGCGAGGACGGGAAACAGCUGACGGCGAACAACAACACAGGGUCGUCUUUUCCUGCAGGUGGUGGUGUGUAGUGGACUCCCGCACGUAGCUCACAAACUCGUCUAUGAGGGCUAGUAUCUGGCUCUGGCUAUUAUGCAAGGUUAAUGCACUUUGUUUAACCUGUCCCUGCUGUAACAAGAGGGACGUGCUGCGAGCUUUCCAGUGAGGAGGAGACCCGGAGCUCGUCAUCCAUCCUAAACCAGCCGCACAAUGGCACCGUCCCCUAUCCGAGCUUGCCGCAGUCUGGCUCUCUCGACGUGGCUGCUGUCGUUUUGUUUCGUCCACCUGCUGUGCCUGGACUUCACCGUUGCAGAGAAAGAGGAGUGGUACACGGCGUUUGUCAACAUCACCUAUCUGGACCCCGUCACUUCCGAGGUCAAGACAGAGAAAACCGAGUGCGGUCGGUAUGGCGAGCACUCGCCCAAGAAAGAAGCCAGAGGUCUGGUCCUGGUGCCGUCCCCCUUGCAGGACAGACAGGCGUGCGACCCAAACGUCAGGUUCCCUCCCGUAUCUCACAACACCGCCUGGGUGGCGUUGGUGGCUGCAGGGAACUGCACAUACCAAGAGAAAAUCCGUAACGUUGCAAACCUCAACGCCUCUGCAGUUGUCAUAUACAAUGUGGGCUCCAGCAGUGCCAACGACACCAUAACAAUGCCCCAUUCAGGUACAGGCGACGUUGUGGCCAUCAUGAUCCCAGAGCCUAAAGGUCGUGAGAUUGUGGCCUUGCUGGAGCAGCACAUUGUGAUCAUGUUGCAGAUCACUAUAGGAACCCGCAACCUGCAGAAGUACGUGAGCAGAACAUCAGUAGUGUUUGUCUCCAUCUCCUUCAUCGUUCUGAUGAUCAUCUCCCUCGCCUGGCUCGUCUUCUACUAUAUCCAGAGGUUCCGCUACGCGAAUGCACGAGAUCGCAACCAGAGACGUUUGGGAGAUGCUGCCAAAAAGGCCAUCAGUAAGCUACAAGUACGCACCAUUAAGAAAGGAGACAAGGAGACUGAGUCAGACUUUGACAAUUGUGCUGUUUGCAUUGAAGGUUAUAAGCCUAAUGAUGUUGUAAGGAUAUUACCAUGCAGGCAUGUCUUCCAUAAGCACUGUGUAGACCCGUGGCUGCAAGACCACCGGACGUGUCCCAUGUGUAAAAUGAACAUCCUCAAGGCUUUGGGAAUCCCACUCAACGCAGACUGUUCAGAUGAGAUUCCUCCAGACUAUGAGACAUCUGUCGGGGGUCCACCCACCAACCCCAUCAGUGGGGCGAGUGAAAUCACAGUUAACGAAAGCUCUGUGGUUCUGGAUCCAGCUGGAAGAGCGAUAGACCUACAGCAGCUCCACACUAAUGAAGAGACAGAACCUCAGGCAGGAGAGGAGAGCCGCAUCAUCACCAGCAGUGAGCACCAGCCUCCGCUCAGCAGUGAUUCAGACACUUCUAUCAUCAUGGGUGUGGAGGUAGGCAUAUCUGAAGUAGACCUGUCCACAGAGCAGGAAUGUGAGGGGGCCAAAUCCUGAGCCAAUCGAAGCUCAGAAAAAAACAACAAUCACCAGGAAAAGGAGGACGAGAGCAGGACUGAGUGAUCGGGGGCCCCCAGAGAUUCGCCACGUCUUUGGCCACUGGAGGAAGUGACUUCUCAGAAGAUAGGCAUAUGAGCAAUACAACAUAGCAGCACAAAAACACCCAGUUCUGUCUUUACUGCUGCUGUCUGUGAAUGUGUUGCUUGCUCGUUUUCUAGCAGUCACACCUCACACCGUUUUAUUGGUUUGACUGCCAUGGUGACCAGACAGCCAAUCACAGCUCUCACAUUGUGGUCGCCCCAGUUUUUGUCCACGUAAUCUUUUCACACCCUUAAACCUAGCAUCUGAAAUACACAUACAAUAACUGCUGAGAUGAUGUAGCCCUUUACAGUGCUGAGAACGCAAAAUUAGUUUCUCUUCACUCUGGCAACGUAAACCUGCAGCUGGACACAAUAGGCACACGGGAGCAGCAAGGCCUUCUUAAUGCCAGAUUGCAGCUUUAAUUAUUAUAAAAAAUAUGUGCAGAUUGUUUGAUUUCUUGGUAUGAGAUAGCUGCCAACAUAUUCCAAAGGUAAUUUUUACUGAUGUGAUGGAUACAUAGCAUAUAUAGACCCUAUGUCAGCAAAGUCCCUAACAGUUGGUGUGAAUUCCGACCAGCAAUUUUUCAAUUUUAGACUUGAAUACAUGUUAUUAUCCCUUGAAAACUUGAAGCGUAGGUCUUUAAGUUCAUGUGGUCAUGUGACAUUUGAGGAGUUGGAAUAUGUAUGCACACGUUAUGCUGUAAUUUCUGAAUUUCCAAAUGUAACUGUUUGUUACUAUUUUGUGAGACCUUCAUUUAUAACUUCUAUUUUACCAACUGAAUUUAUUGUUGUUGAGACGAAAUUGCCAAACACAAGGUUAUAUUUCUGUCCUCACAUUUGACAAUCAUAGCUUGCCACAAGCAGUUUGAAGUGAUGUCACCCACUGCCCUACUGAAACUGCUGCUGAUUUACAAGUUAUCACAACACAUGACGCUGGCAAUCACUCACAGCUGUCUGUCAGGAGGGAAAUGUUCACGUCUAUGUUCACACUGCUGCUAAAUAGAGCUAGCAAUAGCAGUUGUCAUACCAAAUCCUGGCAGUGUGCACAUACUGCAAACAAACUUCCUAGACUUGUCAAGCCAGCCAAUACAAAUAUGUCAACAAGUCUUUGUGCCAAGAUUAUCAGUAGUAUUUUAAACAUUGUAGUUGUUUGUCAUGCACACUGAUUCCCUUGGCUGGAAUGGCACUGAAUCUGGUUAUGAUAUGAGACAAAAUGAGGACAUAGAAUUGGAUGGCUUACGUCAGUUGAAAGAGGGACUCUUUUGGUGGAAAAGGAGGGAGCUUUGCAUUGCCUGACAAAUUAGAUGCAUUUGAAAUGGUCAGGAUUUUCAUUUAAGGAUUUUGAUGCUCUAAGUAUGGGAUUUUUUAUGGCAUGAAAAGCUUACAGCAUGAAAAUGUUUACAAUUGUGGAAUAAUUGAGAAGUUUUGUUUGUACUACGUCCACACUAAGCCGGCUAAUUUUCGAAAAAGACAUGCAUACAGCCUAGUGUUUUCUGUGUUUGGGGUUUUCACAAAGAUCUCCACGCAAAAACACUUGAACAAUAGGAAAACAGCUACAUUUCUUAUUCUUUGUCCUCGGUCAGCAAAGAACAAAACUGCAUCACAGCCAACCUGUGCUACCCUGACUACUGUCUUUGAUCACCUAUAGCGUGUUUUAAGAUGGUAUAUUUUUGUGUUUCGCUGAGUGCUGAGACAUCAGUCAAAUCAGUAUUUUAUGAUGGGAAGUCAUCAGACAGUGACAACAUAAACAUAAAUCCAAGUUAAUGACAACAGCUGUGUGAUUGGCUAUAUUGACAUUUAAAAUGAGUGAUCACAUUCACUCUGUUUUCGCAUGAGAAAAACACCAGCGUAGUGUGGAUGGCCAAAACACAGAAAUAAAGAUGCAGUUUUAAAUUUAGGCGGCUUAGUGUCGACGUACUCUUAGACUCCCAUGGUGAUGCUGACUGUUAAUUCACGUUCAUCAUCUCUUACAGUUUGUAGUAGAAUCCAGUCUUUCUACUUUGUUGUUCUGUUGAAGUCCCGUCAAUCACCUCCUCAUUACUUUUCAGUAAUGUCAUAUUGAACAAGAUCAGUAGGAUCUUAGAAGCAACUGGAUGUGUUUGCUCUCACAUUACUGUAGACUUGCACACUGAUGAGGUACAGACCCACUGAGUCGAUGGAGCCAGUGAAAUUUAACUGGGGGUUUCCACUUCCAGUCACUGUUUCCAUUAUGUCCUGCAGCCAUUUGGAACUCUGUUAUAUAACACGCACAUGUGCGCACUCCUCUAUUUGGGUCAAUCAUUGAAGGAUCAUCAAAUGUUCUAGUGUUUCAUGAAAGUGUUGGUUUUAGGAGAGGCAAGUUGUAAUUCUUUAUUUCUUUAAGCGUUUUGUGAGACAGUAUGUUCUUGGAUGUAGCAGCUUGAUACCCAUAGACACCACUAGUCGCCAAAGUAAGAAGUUAUUUUGGUUCUGACAGCAGUGUUUCUCUGCUCUGGCUUGACAGUUUCCCUCACUUUAUAUUCAACUAUUACUCUACAUGCAACCUACAAUUUCAACAUGACUGAAAUGUGUGGUAGCAUUAUGGGAGCACUCAUGAAUGUACAUUUUCAUAUACUAUCUAUUAGACAAUAGGAUGGCUAUAGUCUGCCUGGUUUACCUCUAGUUAUACAUCUUUUGCAUCAUGGAUAUGAAGGUGGUGGAUGAUUGUGAUUCUUGCCAGCACAUUAUAGAUACAGAUGUUUAAGUCUCCACCAGCCUAAUCUGGACCUUUAAGUCUCCUGUAUGUUACAUCAACUCACAUGGAUAAUGAGACAGCACAAUGCAUAAGAUAACCCAGAAACACACAACAACAUCAAUAUCUGUUGCUCUCCUCGUCUUUCCUGCUCGUUUCCGCCGGCCCACGCUUUGAAUCCAUGAGUCAUCUGUCAUCUUGACUCUUUUCUCACAUUCGCACACAAACAUAACUUUGUCAACACUUUGUCUCCAUCUGACCAGUUGUUUGGUCGGCGUAGCGACAAGAUGAAGCAAAGCACAUCUGUUUUUAGUGCCGGAUCACUCGAUUCUGGCUGUACUGCCAGUUUGUCUAAAGUUGGAUUAAGGCCUUCUUUUUACAGGCCAACUUAUUUAUUGAUUUACUGAUUUAUGUGACUAAGCUAUAAGGUCAUCUCUCAGUUUUGUCUGUUUACAAUAUAACAACCUUCUUGUAAGAAUAAAUAGAAUUCAAAGGAAUUUUAAGACACCAAAGACCUUGGUGUACUCUAUGUAAUGGCAUUCGAUGUAGUUAUAAAGUAACAGAAGACUGUUGUCCCUAAUUGUACCUGCAACGCUGCAUAACACUUUAUUUUAUGUGUCCGUAAUUUCCUAAUAAGUUUCCUGGAAAGAAGUUUGUAAUUUGGUGCUAAUUUGGAGGAAAAUAGAAAUGUCCUUAAAAGAAAAGCUCAUUUUAAACAAAAGAUUCAUAAAUGUUCAUACAUUGUUCAUAAAUUGUUGGAAACUUUAUUCUGCAUAUUUGUUUGUUUAUUAUUUAUUCAUUUUAUUUGUUUAUCUGACAGAAAACCGUAAAUGAACCCCUGGCCAGAUGUUACAAAGGCACCUUUAAAAAUGUAAUAAAACAACAUUAUUUUAUUGAAUUCAAAUACACAACUUGUUAAAUAUGCACAAAACAGUACAGUACACAUCCACCAAUAAAUAAUGCCACAUUAUAACACGUUAGUUAGCUGCAAUCCAUACUAAACAGUGAAGAAAAAGAAAAAAAGAAACUUGCAAAGGAAGUUGAGUUGUAUGUUGCCUGUGGAUAAAGACCUGCUGUGCACUGACUCUCUAGGUUACACUAGCAAUUAAUUGGAAUUAAUGAAUUGAAAUUAAUAUAUCACUUGAACACUGUCUCUAUUUUCCCUGUAAUUAGUACCAAAUUGUGUUGUUCUUUCAAGGAAAUUCUCAAAAAGUAUUCAAACAUGAUUUUGAAAUUAUGGACCUGUAAAAUAAAGCGUGACCCAAUAUAGUUUUAUUAUAUGUAGUUGAUCAGGUUUUUCAUGUAUUUCAUUUUGUUCUCUUUUGUUUGUGUAAACCUUCCUAUAUUGCACUUUAACCCUCCAGUGAAUGGGGAGCGGCUAUACUGAACGACUUGAGAAAGUCUUUUUUUAGUACACCUUCUGAGAAAGAGGGCUACAGUAUUAAACAUGGCACAUGGCUCAGUUGUUGCUUAUUGUAUAAUGUUGUGAUCUUUUUAUCUGUACUAUUGUGUAUAUGUGGGGUGGGUGGGGUAUCAAUAUAUUGUACACUAUGCCCAGCAGAAAUAACAGCAUUGCUAUUUUCUAAUAUAAAAGAAUUGUAAGUAUGAUUAGCGGUGUCUCUGUCCUUUUCUUGAAUCAUGAUGCACGUGUAGGAAUGUCUAUGAUUGUGACUUAUAAUAAAUUUGAAUCAGGUUUUUUCAA